AUGCCCAUAAAUCUAGCUGAGAAUGGCAUCUGUUCGUGGUAUGGCGUGAACCUCGCGGGCGCCCUAACGGCCAGCGGCGAGAAAUUUGAUCCAAACGCUAUGACUGCCGCACACAAGACAUUGCCUUUUGGGACAAGAGUUAAAGUGGACUGUAAUGGGAGAAGUGUUACGGUCAGAAUCAACGAUAGGGGACCCUUUCAUGCCGGGCGUAUCCUCGAUGUAAGCCAAGGGGCAGCCAGACAUCUCGGUAUUAUCGACGCGGGUCUCUACGAGACGGGCAUCUGUUCGUGGUAUGGCGUGGGACUGGACGGCCAGUACACGGCUGAUGGCGAGAGGUUUAAUGGCAAUGAUAUGACUGCCGCCCAUAAGACACUUCCGUUCAACACAACAGUGAAAGCGUCGUGCAAUGGGAAGAGUGUGACCGUCAGAAUCAACGAUAGGGGACCCUUCGUUCCCGGAAGGAUACUCGACUUGAGCCGUGCGGCCGGCGAUAGAGUCGGCAUUAAAGACAGCGGUCUCUGUCAAUGUACUCUUCAUAUAUUGUAAUCCUUUAAAUAAACUAUAAAUUUAAACACA